UUAAACGUUUAAUUUCAACUUCAAUGGGGUAGGGACAUUCCAAGGACCCCGGAUAGCACUGACCGAAGACAGAGUGUCGGUGGCGUUGUGAAUGUACGCAUCGCGCGAGUUAAUUCUGCGGUAGCGGGGCGCGCAAUGCUUCUUCGAGAAAAGAGUAGCGGUGUUGGCUUGCGGCUCUCCCAUUGGCUGUCCCACAGGAUGCCCAGGUGUUGACAGAGAUGGAAUCAGCAGCUGGAUCUCACGACGAUGCCUGACAGAGACACCGAAAGUGAGGCUCGCCUUGCUAUCUUUCCAAUUGUAGCCUAUGCUACCCAGAUUUUAAUAGAAUUGAACAGUAUAAUUAUCAACAAGGAGAACAAAGAUAUGUAGCGUUAAAUCCUCACAUCGCCCAUCUGCGCCCUCCCUCUGUAAUUCAAACCUCGAGACUCCACAAUGGUGCCUGCUGCAACCGCUGCGUGGUGAAAAUAACCUGAAMACAAGGCUGUCAAAGUAUCUGAGACGCAUCUAAAGGAAGUUUACACUUGUCGGUUUAUCUGAACGCUUCCUUCCACGUUGUGUGUCCGGGAGAGCCUUCUCUUUGGAGGCUGUAGCUGGUGGUCAUCCGGCGCUCGUUGACCCAGUGCCCCCCUGCAGCAGCACCCCGUGGCGGUGGCAAGGCCAGGAGAGAUGGGGCGCAAGCUGGACCUGUCGGGCUUGACGGACAAUGAGGCAGAUCACGUGCUGAAGGUGGUGCAGAGGGACAUGAAGCUGAGGAAGAAGGAGGAGGACAGGCUCAGUGAGAUGAAGCAGGAGCUGGCGGAGGAAGGCAGUAGAUGCUCCAUCCUCUCCAAGCAGCACCGCUUCAACGAGCACUGCUGUAUCCGCUGCUGCUCUCCCUUCACCUUCCUGGUCAACCCCAAGCGCCCGUGUCUGGACUGCCAGUACAACAUCUGCAAGACCUGCCGCACCUACAGCAAGCGGGACAAAGCCUGGCUCUGUACCGUCUGCCAGAAGACCAGGAUAUUGCGGACCCGGUCUCUAGAAUGGUACUAUAACAACGUGAAGAGCCGCUUCAAGAGGUUCGGCAGUGCCAAGGUUCUGAAGACGCUCUACAGGAAUCACAUAGUGGAGAGAGGAGGCAUUUUGGAUCUACCAGAAAGCAGUGUUCACGACGGAAGCAAUGACAACGAUGGCAGCGUCUGUGGCAGUGACUCAACCUUCUACAGGCAGAGUGAAGGGCACAGCAUGGCAGAGACCCUCACGGUUGCCCUGCGCGUUGCUGAGGAGGCCAUAGAGGAAGCCAUCGCCAACGCAGAGGAAUUCAGUGACAGCUUGGAGAAGCAGAAUGAGGCUCGCUACCUACGGGACCACAAAGAAGAGCUUAUAGAGGAACUGGCCACAACCAUCGUACAAAAAAUCAUCCAGAGGAGGAAGCAUUCCGAGAUGCAGACAGAGUAUGACUUUGUGUGGCCCCAGAGACCGAGCCAGGGCCAGCCUCAGGGCAGUGAGCUGUCCUCCCCCAGCCAGCACCCUCASAGCACCCUGGCCCAGGCCAACCAGGCCCACCUCAAGAGCUCCUACUCCCUCUGGAGGUCGCGGUCGGCGUUCUCCCUGACCAGUGAUGACUCCCCAGAGAAGGUCACUGAGGCACUAAUGGGGGCGGGGGCAGGGGGCGGGGCACAGGACUACGCCUCUCUGAAGAAGGAGACGGCCAGGGCCUCCUCACUGCCCAGCUGGAAGAGUGUGGACCGCCUGGACAACUCGAGUGCGUCUUCGGUGUUGCAGAGCCCCGACGGGAACUGGAUUGCGCUGCAGAGCUCGCAGCACUCCCGUCCCYGCCUACUGGCCAAGAGAAAGUCGCUGGUGUUCAGCGUCCUGGAGAAAGAGUCUGGCGUGGUCUCGGCCUACGACGAGAUGGGCUCUGAUUCCGAUCAGGAGAACGACGAGGGGGGCUGGGGGGCAGCGCUCCGCCAGUUCCGGCGGAAACUCUCAGACGAGACGUACUACACAGACUCCCAACACGACCCGGAGUGGACGUACACCCCUGUCCACCUCCCGGUCACCUCGCCCUCCUCGGGCCAGUACACCAACACUGAGACCAUCAACUCUGACUCAGAGUCCUCGUCGGUACCCUCKGCCCGCCCCCGCAAACCCCUCUGUAACGUGAUGGGGAAAAAAGGCCCUAACUCGGACCCGCAUCUUCAUCCCCAGCAGGCUCAGUACCACCACCAUCAUCAUCAUCAUCAACACCAGAACUUCCCCUCGUACCCGCUCCGCCCGGAGGCGCUGGAUGUGAACUUUAACCCCAAGGUGACUGGGGAUAGUAGCGAGGCAGAGGACAGCAUGCAGAGCGACCAGGUCAAGAGGUCGCGGAGACGCAGGAAGAGCAAGAGGGAAGCGGCGGGGAACCAGGCCCACACACAGACACACACACAGCCCCUCUACGCACAAUCUGUACAGGAGAACAGUUUCCUGCUGAACGGCCUGUUGAAGAGGGGCAUGAGUGAGGAGAUGGCCGCUCCUGAUGUGGUGCCUAUCCCCAAAGCCUCCUCUGAGGCCAUGACCCCCGAGGACCAGGACACUGUGGGCCCUAACUCUGCGGCCCGUAACCCCGUGACCCCUGACCCCCUGUCCACCAGCAGCACUGGGCCCGGCUCRGGAGACACACUGGAGCAGAAGCUCCGCUCCAAACUGAGCCGGCUGGUUGGACGAGCCAACAGCAAAGAAGUAGUGAGCUCAUCCGAGGACGAGCCAAUCAAAAGUCCUGGAGGGAGAGACCGAGAAAGUGACAGACCGAAAGAGAAGCUGAGGCAGAAUGAGAGAGAAGGAGAUCGUGAGAGACCGAGUGAGAGACCGAGAGACAGACAGAGCAGUAAAAGUCAGGAUGGGGCGGAGAGAGAGACAAUCGAGUCAGUGAAAGGGCCGGAACUGAAAAAGAGAGAGAGACUAACGGAAAGGCCGACAUUAAGAGAGGAGGAGAGAGUGAAGGAGAGGAGGUUGGGGAGAGGAGGAAAGAGUUUGGAAGAGAAAGUAGAUGACAGAGAAGAGAAGAGAGUGGAGAAGAACAGGCAAAGUAAGAGACCACAGAGAAAAGAGGUGGACAGAAAGACCGAGAAAAAGGGGGAACCAGUGGAAGACCAAAAUGAAAAGUCCGGAUCCACGCCCAUCUCGCUUGCUAUUACCCCAUCUGUCCAGGAGGGGGUGCUGUGUGACGGACAGGAGGGGCAGAAUUGGCUGGAACUACAGCAGAGGCUAGAGUUGCUCUCCUCUCUCUUACAGCAGAAGUACUCGGCCGCAUCUCUGUGCAGUAUCACCACAGAGGUCCUGAAGGUGCUCAACGCUACCGAGGGGCUGAUUGGUGAGGCAGGGGGCGAUAGCGUCACUCCCUCAGAGUGCGUGAGCGCGUCUGAAUCCUUCUCCAGCAGCUUAGAGACCAGGGAGCUGGACCAGAAACUCACCAAGAUGGAGGAAAACGUAUACCUGGCUGCGGGGGCGGUGUACGGCCUGGAGGGGGCACUGGGGGACCUGGAGGAGGUGGCCCGGGACAUCAGCAGUGACACCUCAGACAGAGAGCUGGCCUUCCUGGAGGACCAGGUGGCCACUGCCGCCACCCAGGUGCAGCAGUCUGAGCUUCAGAUAUCAGACAUCGAGGUGAGGAUAUUAUCUUUAAAAACAGCUGGACUGAACGUCACCGCCUGCAAUCGUUUCUCCAAGUUCCCCAAGCCAAAACCUGAGCCUCAAACCCUCGACACGUCACGUCAACAGAGGAGAAAGCUACCUGCCCCUCCAGCCAAAGAUAGGGAGUCUGAGCAACAGGUGAGAYCACUUCAGCCGUAGUGACAUACAGACAGCACAAGAAGUCCCUUGAGGGCACCCGUGGACCCCCGCGGGGCCUCUCCAAUCCAGUGCCUUGAUCCAGCGUCCGCUUCGGGCUUCGCAGGGACUAACACCUGCCCUGUGCACCCCACCCAGCGCUCUCCUCAGCCAGGCACUUCCCCAUCCUGUCACCCCCUAAAAACAACCCCAUGCCCUGCCUCCCCAGGCCAGGAUUGACCCAACUCCUGUCCCAUCCAACUCCAUCCGCCCCCCCCGGGCCUCACUCACUGUAACCACCACACCACGACACCCACAACGUGGUGGGUUGAUAGACGGCGUGUCUCUGCCUUAAAAUCAGCAUACGAACACUCCUCACCGAGACAACUCACUGUCUUACUAUCAAAAGAAGACGUCACUUCAGAGUCAUUGUAGUACAGAAAAUAGAAAAUCUCUGUCGGUCUUUUUUUUUUCUAACUGUUUGCAAGAGUGUCGUCGGUGUUUGAACUAAUGUACAAAGAAGAUGUGAAACAAACACGUGAAAUAGUUCUGUGGUACGUGUCCCUAUAGAGGGUAAACCAUGUUUUAUACUACUGUUUUACUUUCUCUCACCGAUGAAAUGUCAUGAUGAAUUGUAGAGCAGAUGCGGGACCUGUUCAAUGUUGGCAUUUAAUUAUUAUUUCUGUGUAAAGACUCAAAAGUAAUAAUUCCCCUGAAACUAGCAAAUAACAACCCUCAUUCACUAAGAUAUGGUCUGAUGUUUUUCAAAUUUUAGAAAAGAAGACUGCUUGAAAAAAGAUCUGGUGUCCUCUCCUGUUCCUUAAUUAAGAAUUGUCAUUAAGGUAACAAGUGAACACACCUCAACCGUUUGAAGGAGGUGAUUUUGUGAUUACCUAAUUACUCUUGUGCUUAGUUACCAUAUUUGGAGAAGGUUGAGCUAUAUUGCUAGUAAUGUAAUGAAACAUUUCCGUUUAAUUGCAUUUACAAAUAAUGAAGCAUUUAUCACACAAAUAGGCUACCUAUCUGUAAGUCAUUUAUGAACCCAAAGAAGCCGUGAAUUGAUUAAAUGAACACGUMUUUCUUACCAAAUAAAAACACCUGUCUAUGAAAUUGUGACCAUUCUAAGCCAUUAGUUGUUGUUAUUGUUAUAUUUCAAUUAUUUCAGCCUUGUGGCCUUUAUUUGACAUAGAUCCUGAUUUGUCACCUGUGCUGUAUGGCUCCAGUAAUGAAUUGUACAUUGCGUUAAGUAUCUUGUAAAGAUUUAUACACAAUGAAGUCUAAUGGGCCGUAUGCCAUGAAAACCAUGAUUUUAUUACAAGCAAUUGAAUUUUUUUUAACUUUUCAAGAUUCUUAUUCUCACUAAAACAAAGUGAGUGGAAAAUGGUGUACGCUUUCUCCCCCCUCUGAAAGCUUUAAUCAUCAGUUAUGUCUGAAAGCGUGUCAUGUUUCCGUUUUCAAAGUAAAAAACGUGUGAUUUUCAUGAUUAAAACGGGAGACGCUGUAAAUAGUAGUUGAUGCAGUGUGUGACAUCGCUCCAAAGAGUCCUGAGUGCURGGCCUGUUUUUGUUAUCAAGCGUCUCAUUGUAGGAGUACUGAUCUAGGAUCAGAUCUUCCCUGUCCAUGUAACUGUAUUCAUUGUGAUCUACAAAUACAGGCCUGGCUCUUUAUAUUGAGAAAGUCCGAAAGUAUUAAUAUAGAGGAUAUGAAAUACCAGGUUGCGUAGGGUUCUGUUCGUGUCUACUGCUCGGUUUUGACAGGWAAAAUAGUAUGACGUUUGCUAUGGUCCAUGGUGUUAUGUGCAGCCUUUUUUCAGGCCACACAUAACACCAUGGACCAGAACUAGUAUAAAGUGUCAUCUAGUUGUCCUUUGAUAACAGGUUAUUCCCAUACCUCUGGACUGCUGGGACUUCUGUUGUUUUUUAGAUGGUAUUUCAUUCUAUUUGAACACUGUCCACUGCUGAGUCCAUCUAUUCAUCCUAUGAUCGCAUUUUGCAGGUUUUGCAGAUCGUUCCUGUAUGUUGUCGUUGUUCCUGGAGGUGUGUUGUGUAUAAACGCAUGUUAAAUAGAUGUACAAAAUUCUCAUGAGAAGCACAGCCAUGGGGGUCAUCAUUAUCAAUGUCCUGUAUUUUUAUAUUGUAAAAAAAAUAAAAAAAAUAAAGUGAUCUCACCUCAGAAUUUGUUUAUAUAUAUAUGUAAUAAAAAAAAAAUGGAUAUGACAUAUAAGGUAUAAUUGCCCAAUCAUAAACUUGAUCCUUCUGUGUUGUCUGUGGGAGAUCUAGCUGCCAUCAUGACUGAAUGACUGCAGUGAAGUUCACUAUGCACAGCUUUGAUGGACUAUUCACUCAUGUGCAAUCGUUUGUUGCAAUCCAUAUCAUGUGUUGGGGGAAAAUAUUAUGAAGCAAAAAAUGUAUUCUCUAUGUGCCAAAUUGCUCUGAAUGAGGAAAAAGUGUAAUACUUAAAUGAAUAAAAGUUUGCAUACCUGAA